AUGUCAAGUUCUUUAGAAAGUUAAGUAUUAUUUGCAAUAUGGAGAUUGUAUUAAUAAAAUUAAAUCUCAAUGGAAUAAAAAGGAUGUAUCAAAGGUUAAUAUAUAAUUUAUGCAAGAUUUAUUAAUAAAAAAAGAUCGCAAUUUCUACUUUAUUAUUAGCAAUCACUAAAAUUUAGAUGAAUUAUAAGAAAAGCUACUUGAGAUUUUGAAUUGUAUUGAUUUAUAAUUUUGUUCUGAUUAGGGUUCCCCAAGAGAUCUAGAUGGUGAAGAAACUAUUUGUCCAAUUAUAAGAUUAAGUAAUCCAUCAAACACUCCAACAACUAUUAAAUCAUAUUAAAAUAAACCAUAAAAGAGAUUUAGAUUUUUGAGUUCAAGCAAUGAAAGUGAAAUAGCUUAAAACAAUUAAAGGCUUCGAUCAAACUCAUUCCAUUAUUAAUGA